UGCUCCGUUCUCAUCCUCGCCAAUCGUUAGAAUGGCCUCCCUCUUCUUCUCCCCUACUGGCCCUUCCCAUCUCACCCCUCACUUUCUCCAAAAUCCCCAUCAUAUCCCCUCCCUCCUCCUUUCUUUUAAACCCCCUCGAACUAAAAAAUCCCAAGCCCUAACAAUUUGCUCCGCUCUCACCGAAUCCAAUUCCCCCAAAUCCCUCGACGACGAUGAAGGCGACAUUCUCCCUCUUCUUCAAGAGCUCGCCGAGAGCUUCGAUCUUCCUUCGGAUUACUUUGGGAAGCUGCCGAGGGAUCUGAGGCUAGAUCUAAAUGAUGCGGCUUUUGAUCUGGCCAACGGAGCUGUGAUUGAUGAGUGUGGCCGAGAGUUGGGGGAAAUGCUAUUAAACUUAUCUCGAGCAUGGGAGAAGGCUGACACAUCGACUUCGAAUAGUAUUACAUGCCAGCUUCCGUCUUUGCAUAGAUCUUUGAGAGAUGAUAUAAAAUCAGCAUUUGGCAGGCGCUUGAUAUCUGCUGGGAGAAGAUUUCAAUCCAUGGGACAGUAUGGUGAAGGAGAACUAGAAAAGAUUGCCAAAUCAAUGAUCAAGACUGGGAAAGUGCUAUCUAGAAGCCCAGCAAUCACAACGGAUAAGGAGCCAAAGGAGGAAACCAGAAUACUUAAGUUUGGAGACCUACAAGUCGAGUUGACUCGAGAAAAGGCCUAUAUUGGAGCUGCAAUUGGUGUGGUUUUUGGAUUUGUAUCUUGGGAGCUUAGUCAAAGCAUCCAAAGCAUACCAGAAAAUUCAUUACAGUAUGCAAAUGACAAUGCCUUGCAGCUUGCCAAGUCACUAAGAGGAACUCUGAUUGUUAUUGGUUUCUCCUCUACCAUAUUAUCGGCAUUGACUUCUGUUGGGCUUCUGUUGCUUGCAAGACAACUUUCUUCAGGGAGAGAGGACGGCGAGCACUAGUAUUUACUGCAUUGGUUAAUAAGGGCCUGUUCUUUAAUGGGAAAUUCUGAAUCCUCUUCUCAAAUAUCUUUUGUAUAUAUACACAUGAAGUGCAUGCAAAAGAAUGUUGUAUAUAAAUAGCACCUGUUUUUUCAGGACUUUGUGUUCUUGAUUAAUAUCGAUAAUGUAUCAUUACCUAGCCUCCGUCAUUAAUUGAUUGAAAGCAUUCCUCUUA